AUGCAACCGGUUAAAUUACAAAAAAUAUGUAGUUUUCCAUUCAUUUUGGAUAUGACUAAUUUUCUAAGUCGUAAACCAAAACAGAAAGUAGAAUAUGAACUAUUCUCAGCUGUAAUCCACGUUGGUGGGAGUACGAGUGGUGGGCAUUAUCAUGUAUUCAUCAAGGAUCUUUAUGGUACUAUAUGCAGUCAGUCUGCAAAUGAUCUUAAUGCGAAUCAUAAACAUCACAAUCCGCUUGAUUCCACAUUAACAGCUACAUACAGAAUUAAAUUAGACAGUAAAAAUCCUGGAAAAAAGCCAUUCAUAACCCAUGAUCAUUUCGCUUUAAAUAACCAUCUAUUUGCUUAUAUAGAUAAUAAUACUAACGUCAGUGAUGCUGAUAUGAAUCUGAAUAAAGAUAAAAAUCAACUGGUGAUUGGUGACGAUGACAAGAAUGUUGACAGUGAUGUGGACGAUAAGAACGACAAGGAAGAUGAAAAAAUGAAUGAUGAAGGCAAAGUUAACGAUACUGAAAAUUCAUUGGAUAAACAAUAUCUACAAACAAAUCUCCAUGAUUCUCUUGAGUCCUUACAAUCAAUUCAUUUAAACGAAAAAUCUUCACUAUCUGAAAUUAGUUUAUCAAUUAAUAAAAAGGGCAAACAAAAGUUAUCAAUAAACACUUUUGAUCACAAUGGUAUUACUACUUUUAAUGAAGAAAAUGAGAAAUUGUGCAAAGAUAUAUUCCAUCGAAAAAUUAAUAAAAAGGAGAUGGAACAAAAUUAUUUAAAGAAUUUGUAUAAGAAUGAAAAUGACUUCAAAUAUUUACAAAUUAGUAACCUUGACCAAUCAUCUUUUAAAUCAGUUCAUGAAGAAAUUUCAAAUAAUGCAAUAGGAUCAAAUUUAUUUGAUCGAUUAAAACCUACUCUAAAUAAUAAUCAGGAAAAGCUGUCAACUAUAAGCAACUAUUCUAAACUAAUGAACAACAAAGAUUAUGUUACAGUAGACACAAGUUUACAAAACAGGUAUCAACAAGUUUAUCAUCGAUCAAAAUCUAAUCAUUAUAAACAAAUUGUUGAAGAGACACCGAAUUCAUCAAAUAAAUCACUUCUAGAUGUAAGAGAACCAAUCAUAUAUUUAGAUGGUAUUUCAGUGCAUCCUUCAUUGAUAAAACCAAUCAACAGUAGAUUAAGAAAUGAUUCCAAUCAUGAAGAGAUUCCACGACAACUUAAAACGUAUCUAAAUAUACUAGAUAAUAACAAAAAAUCUGUGAAUCGAAUGAAUUCACUGCGUCAUUCAACAAUCCGAAUGCGAAGUAUAUCACCGCAAAGAAAAGUAGAUAAGAGUAUGUCAAAAUUUUCAUAUAGUAAUCCUUACAAAACUCAAUUAAGUCAACACAAUAACACUUUGACAAACCGAAUCAAUUCAGCAGAUAAUCGUAACGCCAAGGUUACAAAUCAAAUCUAUGAACCAAUGACAAAUGAAACAGCAACAAGAAUACAAAUAUCUUUUAACGCUAAUGAAUUUAGACGUUGUUCACUUCAUUCGUCAAUAAACUCGAUGAGAUGGAAGUCACGACUAUUUAAUGUUAGUAAGAUGGAUGAAAAGUUGAAAAGUCGUUACAGUCUGACAGAAGAUUAUCUAAACCAUUGUGAAAUCAAUGACUUCUUAGCCAGAGUUAGUCAAAACAAAAGUAGUCCUAGUUAUCAUUGUGAAUUAAUGAAUACUGUCAACGAUUCAUUAGAAUAUAAUAGCACCUAUUUACCUAAUAUAAAGCGUACUAAAGCUAAAAUGGCAUCAUAA